UUUUCUUUUUUUUUUUGUCUCGCACAGCUGAGGCUCCCGCUGACUGCGAAUCCUAAAUCCGGUGUUUAAUGUGCGCCGAGCGGACGCGUCGCAGAUCGCUCCUCUUUGUCCCAUUGUUUCCCGACUUCGCCAGGCGAGACCAAAAUAGUCCCGAUGCUCACUUUUGCCAGCGGGCGGAAUUCAGAAAUGGAAGAAUCGAGUCGGGGAGACGUGAUGGAUCCCUGUGAGUCUCCAGCGGAGCGGAAGAGGCGUGACAGCGAGCAGUCCUCCUGCAGCGUGCUGGAGUACAACGACCUGGAGGCUGCCGAGGCCUUGGUCUUCAUGAGUGCCUGGCGACAAAGGUCCCACCGGCCAGACCCCUGCAAGCCCCGGCCCCUGACACCGGCCUCAGACUCCUGCGACUCCCUCCCCCACGGCGAGCCCGCGGAGAUCUCCAAGGACUUUGUCUCGCUCUCAUCACUGUGCAUGACACCACCUCACAGUCCCAGCUUUGCCGAAAGCCUGGCCACGCUGACCGCCGCAUCACCACCAGGUGGCACUUGCCUGGCCCAGUCCUGCCACCCCAGGAACUCUCAUCCCAGUACGACCAGCCAGUCAGAGCCCACCACCACGUCCCCCUGCAGGGCCAUGGCCACCAGCGUCAUACGGCACACGGCCGACAGCCUCCCGCACCAAUCUGUUCCGGCCCAGGUCCCGGGGAAGCUGGACCAGGCCAAGACGGCCGCCCCUCACAAAGCAGAGAACCUGAACGUGCCCAGAAGUUCGGCCGGCCCUCCCACGGAGUCGGGCUUCUUGAGCACCAGAAGCGAGCCCCCCACCCUCCUGCCCCCUGCCCCCAUUUCCAGCUCCCCUAUCAUUUGCCAAAUGCUGCCAGUGAACACUCAGCCUGGAAUGAUCUCUGCCAUCAUCCAAGCCCCUGUCCGGAGCUCUGCCCACACGGUGAAGUCCAUCCUGCCCCAGACAGCUGCAUUCCCACAGCCCAUCCUUGUGACACCCCCGGUGACCCAGGGCACGGUGAUGUUCGUGGUGCCCCAGUCCCCCAUGCCUCAGCAAUGUCCGCAGACCGUCGUGACCCUGGGUAACACCAAGCUGCUGCCCCUCGCUCCCGCCCCGCUCUAUGUGCCUUCUGGUCAGAGUGGCGUUAUGAACAUGGACUUCUCCCGUCGCCGGAAUUAUGUCUGCAACUUCCCGGGCUGCCGGAAGACCUACUUCAAGAGCUCGCAUCUGAAGGCGCACCUCAGAACUCACACAGGUGAGAAACCCUUCAGCUGCAAUUGGGAUGACUGCGACAAGAGGUUUGCACGCUCCGACGAGCUCUCCCGCCACAGGCGCACGCACACGGGUGAGAAAAAGUUUGCGUGUCCCGUGUGUGACCGCCGCUUCAUGCGCAGUGACCACCUGACCAAGCACGCCCGCCGACACAUGACCGCCAGAAAGAUCCCCACCUGGCAGGCUGAGGUUCGCCACCUCAAUAGGCUGGCCGUGGCCAAGGCUCCUCCCACUCCAGCUGGCUCCGCCCUCCCUAUAAGAGCUCCACUCUCCCUAUAGGGGCACCGCCUAAUCCAGCUGGCUCCACCCUCCCUGUAGGGGCUCCUCCCACUCCAGCUGGCCCCGCCCUCCCGAUAGGGGCUCCAGACUAGCCUGCCCAUUCCAACCAAAUUCUAUCAUCUCAGGACUAAACUCCUCACAGACUCUCAAGGGAAAAGUUAAAAAGGCUGCUACGUAGCUCAUGGGAAAAAAAAGAAAUAAAACUGAAAUGCACUGGACAUUUUUCCCUCCUUGCUUGUUUUUACAUGUUUUUUUGCAAAGGAAUUUGUUUACUUUCAUAUCUUGCAAAAUGUAUGCACUCAUUGCCAAAGCCUGUAUAUGAAGUUUGUCUGUAAUUAUAUUUGUAUAUUUGUAUCUGUGCGUGUAUGUAAAUACAUAUCUUUGACCAUAUUGCAUAUUCAAAAUGCCAUUUACUUACAGAAUACGGAAAGUUAUAUGUGCAGUCAGUGAGUGGACAGUAAUCUACACUGUGAUUAUUAUGAUCUAUGUCACAUUGCGUAUUUAAUAAAUGUUUGUAUUAAAGACUGUGGUGAUACAGUA